AUGAGGUGGGAGCUGGAGCGUCAGAGAGGAAAGGAACCAGCGCCGGAAGGGUGCCGUGGAAGUCGUGGCUGCAAGGUAUUUGGUGCGCGCAAGCGACGACUGAGGGGCUUCCGCGCUCCCCGUGGCCAGCGCAGAGGGGAAACGGGCACCGCCAACUCGCCCGUUUCGCCAGUUCGCGUGCCUCCAGCGCUUGCUGCCACUGCCCGCGGUGCUAACAUCCACGGGCUGUCCCCCCCGCCUCCUGCUUACAGCCAGCCCCUGCCGUGGUAUAAUACCAUCUGGUAUUGUAUUACACAGUAUGGUAUCUAUCCUUUGUGGUUGAGAAAAGGGGAUCAGCCCUUUCUUCUGGUUUCUGCGCAGACCUGUACAGACCUGUACAGCUGCCCGGGAUCGUUGUCGUAUUGA